AUGCCUCACCAAAUGACAUCCUCUCUGCCUUCACCCGCACAGGGCAUGUACCAUUCGUCGCCAUACGGGGAUCACCAACCACAGGAACCAGUCCACUACCAGUCCAUGUCGCAACCCCAAGUCGUGCCGCAGAGUAUGAGCUAUGCCCCGCAACAGGCGUAUGCUCAGUCAUCAGCGCCUCCCCCUGCCAUGACCAUGACACCACCAGAAUCCGAGCCGAAUUGGCGUAACGAUUCCGUGUCCAGUCUAUCCGAUGCUCUCGGUGAACUCAAAAUCGAUCACACAGCCAUCGCGCCGUACAUUACAAAUAUGAAGAAGGCACUGGCUGAGACGCCAGCGCAAGAGGAGUUUGAGGUGCAGUUGCCGCCUUCCGUCAACAUGGACCAGACCGUCCGCAUCCCUCCAGAGAUGAUGCCGUCGGAAGACCGCGCAUUGCACUAUUUCGACUACUUCUUCACCAACAUUCACCCUUAUUGUCCCGUCGUCAACAAGGCCUAUUUCUACCAACAAUGGCAGAAUGCGCGUGAUUCUAUAUCGCCACUCAUGCUCGAAGCCAUGUUCGCUUGCUCUACAUUGAUGUUGGGCCACGUAGAAGAAGGGAGCAAGUGGCUGGCGUUGGCGACAAAGCACGAGGAAAGUUUCAAAGACGUGUCGCGUUUAAGCACGAUGCAGGCAAUGGUCCUCCUCCUCAAAGCCCGCGAGGCCUCUCCGAAACGAGGCUAUUUCUGGCGCUCCUGGAUGGCCACUGUCAGUCUUGUUGCCAUGGCAAAGGAUCUAGAACUGCACGAGCACUACGAUACCCACCGAAUGGGCAAGGACUGUGGUUCCACCGCACACGAUUGCGUAGCUAAGACGAGGGUCUGGCAAAUGUGUUUGAUCUUCGAGGCCAUGAUUGGAGGCCCUCAAGGACGAUAUGACUUUGGGGUUGAUCCAGAGACAGUGGAUCUCGAGAUGCCGAGACCGAUUGCAGGACAAGACCCUGACGAAUUCCAAAUCGCGCGCCAGUUCGUUCAAUACACCCGCGUUGCUAGGAACGUCUACGGUUCGGCGUUGUUGUUUGGGAAAUUGAGGAAGAAGACGGCGGAUUGGGCAUUGGAUCCUGCUUUUGUGGCCCACAAUGCAGACUUCUCGCUCUGGCUACGAGAAGUUCCAGAAGACAUGCAGAUUGUGUAUCCCCAGGAUGGCAGUGCGCCCUGGAUACCAUCUCAUCAAAUCGCCAACUUGCACAGUUAUCACUGCCUGGCCAUAGUCAUGCACUUCCGCCCGCAGCUUCAUGCCGUUUCAGACUCUUAUGACGGUAUAUGGAAACAACAUAUGCUUACCUGCUACUCGGCCGCCAAGAACCUUUGCAAGCUACAGGAAGCCAUUUUAAAGACGUACGGAAUGCCCGGCCUGCUGUGUAUGGUGAGGGGCAUCAGCUUUCACAUAUAUGCCAUUUUGACAUGCACCAUGUUGCACCUGGUUGCUAUAACGUGUCCUGAUCCAGACAUCAACGACGAAGCAAGGGACUUCUUUGUACGCCAUAUGCGCAUCUUGGAAACAUGCACCCCUUCCUUCCCCAUGCCUGAGAUGCAACAGCAAGUCAACAAUCUUCGUCAAGCCUUUUCUGCCGAUGUGUCAAAGCCAUUCGAAUUGAAGCCGACAUUCCCAUUUGGAAGCCCACAGGUCGCUCCUCAGUCAAGUCCGCUAAGCAACCAUGGCUCCUAUCGCCCUCGUCACCCAAGUCAUCCCUCGCCGCUGGAACAACCAGGUCAGAUCAACUACCAUGCCCAUCCCAUAACUCCACCGAUUUCGGCAUCCGGCCACGAAUCGAAGACUGACUCUCCCGUAGCCCAGUCUCUGGUCAUGAUGGCAUCUGGUCAACGCGCACCCCAGUCGGCCUCUGUUAUGCAAAUGCCAGACAAUGUGCAAUGGAACCCCCAGCGUAUCUUUGAACAAUGGAAUGUAGCAUUUGGUACGCCACCCCCCACCAGCGCGUCUUCACAGUCCUCCCCGCCGCUAAGACCCCCUCCUUCAGGCAACUACGAUCUACGGGUGUCUCAGGAUGCCUCUCAAUCUGGCUAUCAAUUACCAAAUGCGUCUCCUCAAUCGAACAAUAUGCAUGGAACUUCAGGUCAAAUGCCGCCAUCAUCGACCUAUGCCACACCCAAUGCUUCCUAUGUCACGCCUACAAUGUGGCAGGAAGUCGUGGCUAGCUCGUUUGGAGAUGGUCUCAAACGCAGAUGGGAUCAAGGAAACUCCCCAAUGGCCGACCAGUCCAUGUACAAACGAGCUCGUUGA